AUGAGCUCGAUAGGACUUACCACAAAGACCACAAGGGCCCUGCGAUUCCUCAACUGUAACCCUCAUGGCCCGCCGCCGUGUGCUCGCCGCUUCUCUUCCACGCCGAGCCGGUCCGAAUCCAAGAAUCGCGUAUACACAUCCAUCCGCGACCAUGACCAGUUCCUGACCUACCUGCAACUCUCCUCGUCCUCCCGCCGCCCGCUCCUCACCCUCUGGACGACCUCCUGGUGCCCCACCUGCCGCAUCGUCUCCCCCUUGCUGAAAGAGCUCGUCGAGUCCGGCACCGGCGCCGCGGAGGGCGGCGUCACCUACGCCGAGGUCGAGUUCGAUGCCCCCGACGUCAUGGCCGCCGGGCUCGGCCUGACCUACAUGAUCACCAGCGUGCCCACCCUGCUGAGCUUCGACGCCGGCGAGGCGCAGGUCGAGACCAAGGUGGCGGACGGGAACAAGCUACGGGACAGGAAGUUUCUGGAGGAAUGGAUUCGCACCGAGGCGAGGCGCCAUGGCGGCCGGGGCGGUGGGGGUGGUGGGGGCAGUUUGUUUGGAGGCUUGUUUGGGAGUUUUAAGGGAUGA